AUUUUAUCCGCAGAACAGCGGAAAUUGGUUAAUACAAAGCGCAGGAACUGUUAUUUGUCGCACGAUUUGGGUAGUCGAGGAGAAUUCGCAGUAGGACCUAAACAGUGACAGAUGGCAUGAUAGCGCCGUACGUAGAGAUGAGAAAAGUUUAGGUUUUUUCUCGCAUUGAGGCCUCACAUAGACAUAACAUUUGAAAAUUAAAAACAAACCAAGGUAAGAUUGACUGACACUACCAUCAGAAAAUCUUGGAUAUAAGUCCCUAACUAUCACCUGGUCGACUGAGCCUCUGUUCUCUUACUACAAUGGACGCCUUGCAGAGGAGAGUGAUUCAGGAGGACGUAGUCCAGUACAAACUCUUCUUGAUCCAGCCAGACGGUUCAUCUUCACAGCAAACUGAGGACCAUCUCUCACGACUUGUAGAGGAGAUUUUGGCAAAGGUUGCCCCACUCUUGAUCCAGUACAUCUGGCAGCAUCAGUCCUUCAACCUCAUCUAUCAUCCUGAGAAAGGAGGUGUCCCUGCUCACAUUGGUGGUAGCACUCAGUUUGGGGACAAUGUGGAGGAUGAGUGGUUUAUCGUUUACCUCCUGCAGCAAAUCACAGAGGCUUUCCCAGAGCUCGCAGCCAGAGUUGAGGACAACGAUGGGGAGUUUCUUCUGAUUGAAGCGGCAGAUUUUCUUCCCAAGUGGCUGAAUCCAGACACCAGUGAACUCAGGGUCUUCCUCUAUAAGGGAGAAUUACAUAUCCUGCCCUGCCCCUCCAAGUCCAGUCCAGUGGGCAUCUCAAAGGAUGUGGUACCCACUGUGGCACAAGCUCUUGCACUGCUCUCCACCCACCCAGACGCAUGUCGGGCAAGUCCCAAGAUUUGUUCAGCCCUGAGGAAACGACUACAGGGGUACCCAGAGAAGAUUACAACAGGCCUCCACCGUGCCCACUGCUUCAUACCUGCGGGUAUUGCCAAGGUGUUGGCACAGCGACCAGACCUGGUCGCCCCUGCAGUGUCAGCUUUCUAUCUGCGGGAUCCAGUAGACCUGCAGGCGUGUCGAAGCUUCAAGACCUUUCCUCCUGAUACAAGAGUCCUUACCUCGGUGACAUUCACCCGUUGCCUGUACGCCCAGCUGCAGCAGCAACAGUUCAACACAGACCGGAGGAGCGGCUUCACCCUGCCUCCUCGCUCUCAUCCCCAGUACAAAGCCCAUGAGCUCGGCAUGAAACUGGCACAUGGCUUUGAGAUCCUGUGCUCUAAGUGCAGGCUGCCGUCAUCAGAGCCCGAUGCCCCCGUCAGUUGCAACCCUCAGUGGAAACGCUUCAUGGACAGUCUGAAAAGGAACGGCUACUUCCAGGGAGAACUGGAAGGUUCUGCCCGUAGCAGAGAACUGAAAAGAUCUGCAGAGAACUUCUUCAAACAGUCUGUCGCCUCAAAAUCGAGUGCUUUGUCCCCGGGUGAGGAGGUUCUCCAGCUGCUGCACAGCUGCAAUUCCUUCAGCUUGGAGGAGCUGAAGAAACAAGAGUCACAGCUCCCCCAAGAGGACAGUGACAGCUGGCUGGAUAUCACAGCUCAGGAUUUGGAGCGUAUGUUGCAAGAGAGGAGUGGGGGGGGGGCUGCUGAUGGCAGCCAAAACUCUAGUUCCUGCAAACAGGCGCAGCAUGUCAGGGGUGCAGAGGAGAGGAGAAAGGAGACAGAGGACGCGGAGGAGGAAGAGGAGGCCGGUUACAGCCUGGUAGCAGUCAGUCAGGGGAUGAAGAACUUCCUCAGUGCCAUGUCAUCACAUGAGGGUGCUGAACUGCCCUGGAUCAGCUCAAAUCAGCCUUUUAGUUUUGAGCCUGACUCUAUGGCCAAGGCACUGGAUAGACUGCUAGGAAGUAAAGAGGAAGAGCUAGACUCAGAUGAUCUAGACGAUGAUGACGAUGAUGACGAUGAGGAGGAGGAGGAGGAGGAAGAGGAGGAAGAGAAAGAAGAGGGCUCCUCUGGUCAUGUAGACAUGAACGGGAAAGAAACUUUGGAUACUCUGAGAAGAUACAUGGACCAAAUGGAUCAGGAGCUGAUGAGCACUAAUAUAGGAAAAAGCUUCAAUCAAACUAAGGCGGACUUGGACAGUGGCUCCGCUCAUCUCUCUGCCACAGGCAGUCUACCAAGGGAGGGAGGGGUUGAAGAGACAGAGGAGGAGAUCCAGCCACUUGAUGUGGACUUUAACCUGGUCACAAACCUGCUGGAGUCCCUCAGCUGCCAGGACGGGCUGGCCGGACCGGCCUCCAACCUGCUGCAGAGCCUGGGCUUACACCUACCACCCAACUCUGAUUCCUCGUAACGAACAAGAAGUAACUAAUGACUGAGCCAGUGUUUGGCAGGCCUCCCUUCAGAAUGAAAUGCGAUAAAUAAAACCCAGCAAGGAGCAGCGUCUAAAGCUGUUAGCGGAAUCCCCCUCAUUACGUCGACAGUACUUCUGUUGCUGAAGCACUCAUUGAGGUUAAAGGUGUCCUGUGGAGUUUUCAUUGUAACUAAAUCUGGCUUUGUUUACAUUCAUUCAUUGUGCUUCACUGUAAAGCUCUGUGCUUUAAGACUAGCAGACACACCGAAGAGUGUUCCUAUUACACAUUUGCAAAAAAUCUUUUUAAAUGUUUUGAAACCUGCUUUACAGUUAAUAUUAAAUGUGCACAAGUACAAAAAAGGCAAGGAAGCUCAUAUGUGUGCAAAAAAUACAUUUAGUUGGACAAAAUAACAUUAAUUAAAAAUACAUGUAACACACCAAAAUAACAACAUAAUUAUUUACAGGAUUUUACAAGAUUUUAUAUCCAGAUGAUAGCUUUCUGUCUUGUCUGUAUUAGUUAGCAAAUUACUCCAUAAAUGUAAAACAUAACAAACUGAUAUCCCAUCGAUUAUCUAUGCUGGGGUCCUGUUUAUGGCAGUGUAAAAAGAAAUGGAUUUAUCUUCACUUUUGGUUGCAUCCAGAUGUCCAUGUCUGUGUUGCUACGAAUCUUAAUGACAAGUUUUGUUUGUUUUUCAGUUACUUAUUCGUGGAAACCAGGUCUCUCUGACAGUCUUGUCUUUUGAUCUAAAGACUCAGUACGUUUUUGACAUCCGUGUUUGUUUCAGUAAACUCAGAGUAAAAUAUUCUCUGGCAAAUUAUGAUGUACCAUUUUAUCAAGUUUACAGUGGAUUUUUAAUACAUGCUGCUAAUGUUGGGAUGGAUGUAUUGAUGGUGGUGUUUAACAGCACUUACAUUUUGUUGUCAGAAACAAUAAAUAUUUUUGCAGAUAAACCUA